GGCAGCGAUGGAUCCAAACACAGGGAGGCCUUCAGCUGCUAGUAUCAGAGUGGAGAGGCUUUAUUAAGGAGAGGUUAGGUCUGAACACGUUCAUGGAUGAAAAUGGAACAGAGUAGAUUUAAAAUAAAAUGCAUUUCAAUAGUAAAUAUAAAGGAGAAAAUGUCUUUAUUUUAGAGCUUUAAUGUUUCUUAUUUGAUGUUGAAUUCGCACAGUUUGUCUUUUUCUUCCCUAAAGUGCUGAAAACUCAAUCCAAGUUUUGUACUUUCGGUUUUUUUCGAUCAUCCAACCGCCUCCCCGCUUUAAAGGCCAACUCCAGGUUGAAUUGAACUCUUUUUAUUUAUUAUUUGUCUGGUUGAAAAAUGAUGCGGUCGGCUUUACUGUUCAUCUAGGAGGGCGUAGGAGGGGGGAGGCUGUGCCUGUGCGUGGGGGUUGGCGGGGGUAAGGUUUCGAUUUAGAGACGGUCAAUUUUCUCGAAACAAAGGGCUUAGAUAUCUCCAUCAUCUUGGCUGUGUGUGUGUGUGUGUGUGUGUGUGUGUGUGGAGGGCACAUUUAACAUUUAAUCCUGCUGAUAACAGCCCAGAAAUGUACAGCAUCCUUAAUGUGCACAGAACAAAACAACCACUCUGUUCUAUUCUAUUCUAUUCUUUUCUAUUCUGAUAUUUCGUGUUUUAUUAGUUUUUAUGACCUUUUUUGUCUUGUUUUAAUGCUGUUCGAAUUACAAUGAGCAGAUUUAUUGCAUAAAUAAUAAUUGAAUAAUAAUAAAGUGCUCUUUGUUCGUCUUUUCUGUGCGUAGUGCAGCUCAAAUCCUUUAACUGUGGGUGUUUUGCAUUCAUUUAUGACAGUAUAAGAGUGGCAGCAGCAGAAAGUGAGAGUGUAUCACACAUAUCAGUGUCUGAGCUGAGCAGCAGCUUGUGUGAGCAGGUCAUGGUUGAAUCCAUGAAUUCCCCUCAGCAGAAAGAAAAACAACACAAAGAGCUGUGGGUCUGUGCUCAGCAACGCGCAGCUCAAGGGCAAAAGCAGCCUCACGCAGGCACGGUGUGGACUUACUAUGCCAGUGAUGUUAAUAUCAGAAAGUGGAGGGAAAUAAAUCCUGUUUAUUCAUGCAGAGCCUGGCGGAGCUGCAUUACUAUGCGAGGGGAGCUGAACGUGAAACGGGAGCCUGUUGGAGCAACGCGGGGUUUUAAAAAGGGGGAAACGGCGCUGAAUUCUCGUUCUUAAUGCAAAGGUCUGCCGGUGAUUUAGGAGGCCGUGUAACCUGAAUUAGUUGAUGAAUUUUCUAUCGAUCCUAAACAAGCCAGAUUUAUCUCUGACACGGAGCUGCUGGGUGGCGGAGCAGCAGCCGGCCAGGCCACUCUCCCACUCCCGUUAUUAGCGAUUUAAAAAAAGAGGAGGAAAAAAGAAAAGCGCUUUGGCAAGCACGUCCCUACACACACCCAAGUAUACACACAGAGGGUGGUGCAGGCGCCACUUCAAAUCCCCCCGAGCGCUUUCUCUCUGCUGCCUCUUUUUUCUUUAUUUUCCUAUCUGAAGUUCCAGCCAGACGCGUAAGAGGGGGAAAGGGUUCGUUUGCAAUAAGGGAGGACUUGUCAUCUGUGGCUUACUGUACUCUGCUGCUUGUGUGCGUGUCCGUGUGCGCGCACGUCUCCAUUUGGAGCGGGAUGUGUUUUCAGCGUGUUGUUAUUGUUGUGAUCCUAUGGCUGUCGACAUGUGGCGUGGAGACAUCCAGGGAGGGACGGGGCGGGAGAGGGAACGUACUGGAGCUCCGUGAAUGCCCACAAACUGAGGCCAUAUGAUGAUGCGCGUGCGGGGGCCGUGUAUAUGCUUAAUCCCAUUUCCUUAUCCGGGGUUCGUCCUGGAGGCGCGCCAUUGGCCAGCCGCUGUCACGUGGCUUUUUAACUUUGUUCACUUGACAGAAAAGUAGGAGGGUUCAACGGAACAGGAAUAACCGAAGAGUAAAGGGAUGAGAUAUAAAUUUUAGUUAUAUAUUUUCCGAGUAGGUGCAAUUCCACAAAAAGACUGAAAUUAAUGGCCAUGAGCUCCUAUUUGAUCAACUCCAACUAUGUGGACCCGAAGUUCCCACCGUGUGAGGAAUACUCUCAGAGCGACUAUCUGCCCAGUCACUCUCCGGACUACUACAGCUCCCAGAGGCAGGAGCCUGCUGCCUUCCAGCCGGACUCUCUCUACCACCACCACCAGCACCACCCACACCACCAGAGCCACCACCAGCAGCGAGCCGAGCCGCCCUACACGCCGUGCCAGCGCGCGUCUCAGCCCGCCUCGGUGGUGAUGUCCCCCCGGGGUCACGCCGUCCCUCCGACCGGGCUGCAGACCACCCCUGUCCCGGAGCAGAGCCACCGCUGCGACUCGGUGACACCGAGCCCGCCUCCGCCUCCGUCCUGCGGCCAAACGCCCCACAGCCAAAGCACUUCUUCCCCCACGAGCACCCGCAAGGACCCGGUAGUCUACCCGUGGAUGAAGAAAGUCCAUGUAAACAUCGUGAGCUCCAACUACACGGGGGGCGAACCGAAGCGCUCGCGGACGGCGUACACGCGCCAGCAGGUUCUGGAGCUCGAGAAGGAGUUCCACUACAACCGGUACCUGACGCGCAGGCGCAGGGUGGAGAUCGCGCACACGCUGUGCCUGUCGGAGCGGCAGAUCAAGAUCUGGUUCCAGAACCGGCGGAUGAAAUGGAAGAAGGACCACAAGCUGCCCAACACCAAGGUCCGCUCCGGGGCCGGCGGCGGCAGCACAAACUCCCCGGCUCUGAGCGGCUCCCAGACCCGCUCCUCUGGACCCCUAUAGCCCGGUCCCGUGGCUCUCUGUCUCACGUUUGCCCUCCCCGGUUCCCAAACUGAACGCCGAAAGGGCAAACACGCCUGUAACCACCGGAACCUGCACUUUGGAGCGGAAUAGCGGCUUCCUGCUGUGGAGGGGAGACGCGGCCCUGACCUGAUGUUACUCUAGAAUAUGACGCUCUGGGUGGGAGGGGUGGAGGGGAGAUUCAUUCAGAAAAUAUGAAAUGAACAAGAGUAGGUGAAGGAGACUGAAAGAACUGAAAACGAAGCGGCUUCCUGGCUUUCAGCACCCUCUCUCUCACCCUGCUUUCAUUUCUGUCUUUUUAUACUCCUCUCUCUCUCUUCUCUGACGGUCGGCUGAAGAUAAUGUUCCCGCGUGUGUGUGGGUUCUUUCCUUUUCUUUUUCUAUCCAAGACUCUCUUUUUUUGGAGAAGAUGGAUCCUCGUUUUCAUCUUUAAUCAUGCCAAACUCGGGCCCCAUUUGUCAUGUUUACUCUGCGGGUACAAAGCAAAGGGGCUCUGCCCGUUACCCCUCACCCCCUACUCCCCCUUCCUCCCCCAUCUCCAAACCACUAACCCCCCCAUACACACGCACGUGUAAUAAAUGGAAGUGUGGUUUAGUCCAGAGCAGUAUUCCUCCUCUCUCACAUCUACUAGAACCUCCGGUUUGAUCCAAAACCACAGCGGACACUUUUCUGCUGCGUCGCUGAUUCAAGUAUAAUUAUUUCUGUUUUUGUUUAAUGACAAAAUAUAGCUUUUGAAAUUUUAAUUCUAGUUAUUUUUGAAUUCAGUGUUGAUUGUAAAAUGAUGAGGAGCGUCUCUGUGGUCCGUUGAUUGUUCAUGUUGUGAUGUGGUUUUACAGGGAAGCAGUGGAACAGGGUGAAGAUAAAAAUACAGAAAAUUAAUAAACAGGGUUUAUAAAGCUGCCUAACACUAAUAACCACACCAAAAUACUGGUACAGAUAGUCCGAGAACACAUUAUAAACACAGCACUAUUGCAAUGUACUACCUAUUACCUCAGUUGUACUUAUAUAUAUUUUUAUUUUUUGGUCAUCUUACUUUUUUCUUGCUCGUUUAAUGAAGUGACAGCUUUUCGAGCUUUUAUAUUUUUUGAAAUUGUGUGACGAGUUAUGAUGAUAAUAAUUAUUAUUACCUGCAAUACAAUUCUUGUAUUCUUGUAUGUGGAAAGUUAAAAAAUGUAAUUUAAUUAUAAGCAAUUGUUCUAGAAAGGAACAUUCAGAAAAAUAAGGAGCCUCUUAUUGCAUGAACUGUGUUGGUUUUAUUAUUUUUCUCUUUUCUCCGCACAUUAAAUGCGCGCACACUUUACUUUCUCCCCUCUGUUUCCUUCUCCUCAUCAUCUCUCUCUGUUCCUCCACUUUUUAGAUAUUUUAUUCUGCAGGUGUUUUAAUUGAUGCUAUUUUAUUUACAUUCCAAAGAUGAGUUUCUCUCCUUAUUGAUGAUGGUUUGGUGUUGUUGUCUCCUUUCUCUGCUCAUGCCUCCUCACUGUCUCCCUUCCUAUUAUUUGUAAAUAGUUCAUAGAAAUUUAAAUAAAUGGCUGAAAAUGUA